AUGCUUUUCUUUCUUUACACACUCCUGGUUAUUCAUCACCUUCAUACUAAGGUGGAAAACACUCUUUGCCGAAUGAUGGGAGACCCAAAGUACCCUUUGUUUUUCAAGGAUGGAGAUGUAACUAUUGGAGGAAUUUUUGCAGUCCACAGAAAAGAAACAUUUCCUUCAUUUGAGUUUACGCAUAAACCUCAACCUCCAUCUUGCUCCAGUGUGAAUAUGAGAGAUUUUCGGCUGGCUCAAACCAUGAUCUUUGCAAUUGAGGAGAUUAACAGAAGUCAAAGUUUGCUACCAAAUAUUUCUAUUGGCUACAUGAUUUAUGAUACGUGUGGUUCAAGACUGUCUACCAUGAUUGCAACUUUGGGAUUAAUGAAUGGUCAGGAGUUUGCAGAAGGGUACAAGUGCAAUGGGAAGUCUCCUUUACAUGCUAUCAUUGGAGAAUCUGAGACUUCUGCCACAGUAAUUAUUUCCAGAACUACAGGACCUUUUAAGAUUCCAGUGAUAAGUCACUCUGCUUCAUGUGAAUGUCUCAGUAAUAGGAAGGAUUACCCCUCAUUCUUCAGGACUAUUUCUAGUGAUUACCACCAGAGCAGAGCACUUGCAUCCAUAGUAAAGCAUUUAGGCUGGACAUGGGUGGGAGCUGUGAACAGUGACAAUGACUAUGGAAACAACGGAAUGGCCAUAUUCCUAAAAACAGCCCAAGAAGAAGGGAUUUGUGUGGAGUACUCUGUGAAAUUUUACCGAACAGAGCCUGAAAAACUCAAUCAAGUGGUACACACUAUAGAAAGAGGCACAGCAAAAGUGAUUGUUGCAUUUGUUUCUUUUGUUGAGAUGGGCUUACUUAUUGAGCAGUUAAGUAUCCAGAAAAUUACAGGCCUCCAGAUGAUUGGUGUGGAGCCAUGGAUAACUGCAAUGACUUACAUAACUCCAAAUAGUUUUCACACAAUGGGAGGGUCAUUAGGGUUUGCAGUCAGAAAAAUCGAUAUUGAUGGGUUUGCAGAAUAUGUUAUGAAAGAAUUCUGGGACACAGCUUUUCCAUGCUCAGAGAGUGAUGGGAAUUAUUCUCAAUAUGAAUCAAGUUGCAGCAGAUAUGAGGAUCUUCUUGCAUUGAAAAAUUACAAUGAAGAUGUGACUGAACACAGAUAUUCAAGUAAUGUCUACAAAGCAAUUUAUGCUGUGGCUCAUUCACUACACAGACUAUUCAAGUGCAAAGAACAAGAAGGUUGUGAGAAAGGCCUGACAAUACAACCACAGCAGGUGGUUGAGGCUUUGAAAAGGAUACAUUUUACCAUAAAGACAGGAGAUCAUGUGUGGUUUGACAAAACUGGUGGUGUAGUGGCUUUGUAUGAAGUUGUGAAUUGGCAGCAGACAUCAAAUGGAUCAUUUGAGUUACAAUCAGUGGGAUAUUAUGAUGCCUCGCUUCCUCCUAACCAGAAUUUAGACCUUAGCAUUGAAAAAAUAAUCUGGGCUGGAGGACAGCUGAAGAAGCCAAGGUCUGUGUGCAGUGAGAGCUGUCAUCCAGGCACUAGGAAGGCUGUACAAAAAGGAAGACCUGUCUGCUGUUAUGACUGUAUUCCAUGUGCAGAAGGAGAAAUCAGUAAUGAGACAGAUUCAAUUAACUGCCAGCAGUGUCCAGGGGAAUACUGGUCUAAUGCUGAGAAAAAUACUUGUGUGCUGAAGGCUGUAGAGUUUCUGUCAUUCACAGAAGUUAUGGGUAUAUUGUUAGUGUUUUUCUCACUGUUAGGAGUUGGACUAACUGUGCUGGUGGCCAUUCUGUUUUACAGCAAGAAGGACACACCAAUAGUAAAGGCCAACAAUUCAGAGCUGAGCUUCCUGCUACUUUUCUCAUUGACUCUGUGUUUCCUCUGUUCACUUACUUUCAUUGGUCAGCCCACUGAGUGGUCCUGUAUGUUGCGUCACACAGCGUUUGGGAUCACUUUUGUCCUCUGCAUCUCCUGUAUUCUGGGUAAAACAAUAGUGGUAUUAAUGGCCUUCAAGGCUUCACUUCCAGGAAGUAAUGUCAUGAAAUGGUUUGGACCUGCACAACAACGACUCAGUGUUCUUGCUUUUACACUUAUACAGGUUCUAAUCUGUGUGCUUUGGCUAAUAGUUUCUCCCCCAUUUCCGUACAAAAAUAUGAAAUAUUAUAAGGAAAAGAUCAUACUUGAGUGCAGUCUGGGUUCCACAAUAGGUUUCUGGGCUGUGAUGGGUUAUAUUAGCCUCCUGGCAGUCUUGUGUUUCAUUUUAGCUUUUCUGGCUCGCACACUGCCUGAUAACUUUAAUGAAGCCAAAUUCAUCACAUUCAGUAUGCUCAUAUUCUGUGCUGUAUGGCUUACAUUUAUUCCAGCUUAUGUCAGUUCUCCUGGAAAAUUUACUGUAGCUGUGGAGAUAUUUGCCAUUUUAUCAUCAAGCUUUGGUUUAUUAUUCUGCAUUUUUGCACCUAAAUGUUAUAUCAUACUCCUUAAGCCAGAACAAAAUACAAAGCAACAUGUGAUGGGAAAAACACCAUCUAAAUCCGUAGACCUAAAACCCUUCUGAUAAUUUAAAGCAACAUUUCUAUUAACAUGGAAGGGGGACCUCAAGAAAGUGUGUGGGUUUUGGGAGAGGUCAAGCUGAAGUGACUGAAGCAAAACAAAAAUGUCUCAGGUCUAUAACAUUGAACUGUCAUAUGUAGCAACCUGAAAAACACAAACAAAUAACCCUUUAAAUAAACCCCAACU